AUGCCAAUGGAAACUUCCCGGCUCUUCCACCCAGCCGAGGGGGACGAGUCUCAGGACCUGUCUGCUGGCACUGCGGCAGGGUCACCCGUGGCUCGGGCUGUUCCCCGGCACAUCGCGGCAGUGCCACGGAGAGCUGAGCUGCGGGACGCAGGCUGGCGGAAGCUGAGAGAGAUGCCGUGCAGGAGGCUCCCGGCGCAGAGGUGGGGACGGACGCGACCUCUGACCUCCCAGCGCUGCCCGCUCAGCGCCUUUCCCUGCGAUUUACUCCACAGGACCAAAUCAGCAGGCUGGCCCCCACCCUCUGGGACCUGGAGCUCCACACAGGCGCCCCCAUAUGGCUGGGAUAUGGCCUCCAAUAGAGAGGGGAGAGACUGCUUCACCAACCACGUGUCCCAGAGCAGCUCCCUGGAAGAGGUCGGAGUCGAUGGCGGUCCGUUCGUACCACCCCCUCCCCGCAAAGUGGACAUGAGACGGGAUCCGGUCCUGGGGUUCGGCUUUGUGGCGGGCAGCGAGAAACCAGUGGUGGUCCGCUCUGUUACACCCGGGGGUCCUUCCGAGGGCAAGCUCAUCCCAGGGGACCAGAUCAUCAUGAUCAAUGAGGAGGCAGUCAGUACGGCACCUCGAGAACGAGUCAUCGACCUGGUCAGAAGCUGCAAGGAAUCCAUUGUGUUGACAGUCGUCCAACCUUACCCAUCUCCGAAGUCUGCUUUCAUUAGCGCUGCAAAAAAGGCCAAGCUAAAGUCAAACCCGGUGAAAGUGCGCUUCGCAGAAGAGGUCACUAUCAAUGGACAGGUUCCAGAAACAGUAAAGGACAACUUGCUUCUUUUCAUGCCAAAUGUACUGAAGGUCUAUCUGGAAAAUGGACAGACAAAGUCGUUUCGCUUCGACAGCAGCACCUCCAUCAAGGACGUCCUUUUGACCCUGCAAGAGAAGCUGUCCAUCAGGUGCAUCGAGCACUUCUCCCUGCUGCUGGAGCAGAGCUCUGAGGGCUCGGCCAGCAAGCUGCUGCUCCUCCACGAGCAGGAGAUGCUAUCUCAGGUGACCCAGAGACCUGGGUCACACAAAAUGAAGUGCUUCUUCCGGAUGAGCUUCGUUCCAAAGGACCCCAUCGACUUGCUCAGACGAGACGUCGUUGCUUUCGAAUACCUCUAUGUUCAGAGCUGUAACGAUGUGGUUCUGGAGCGUUUCGGGUCAGAGCUGAAGUACGACAUGGCGCUGCGCCUGGCCGCCCUGCAGAUGUACAUUCUGACGGUGACCACCAAGCAGACGCACAAGGUCUCCCUCAAGUACAUGGAGAAGGAGUGGGGCCUGGCUCUGUUCCUCCCCCCGGCUGUGCUGUCCAGCAUGAAGGAGAAAAACAUUAAGAAAGCCCUGACCCACAUUUUGAAAACUAACCAGAACCUCGUACCCCCAGGCAAGAAGUUAACAGCUUUGCAAGCGAAGGUGCACUACCUGAAGUAUCUCAGUGAGCUGAGACUAUAUGGCGGGAGGGUGUUCAAGUCAACACUACUGCAAGGGGAGAAGCACACAGAGGUGACCCUUCUGCUAGGGCCCAGGUAUGGCAUCAGCCAUGUCAUCAACACCAAAACCAACCUGGUGGCCCUGCUGGCGGACUUCAGCCAUGUCAACCGUAUUGAGAUGUUCACCGAGGACGAGAAUAACGUCAGGGUGGAGUUACACGUCCUGGACGUGAAACCCAUCACUCUCAUAAUGGAGUCUGGUGAUGCCAUGAACCUGGCCUGCCUGACGGCGGGGUACUACAGACUGCUGGUGGACUCACGCCGCUCCAUCUUCAACAUGGCCAAGAGCAGCAACGCGGGUAGCAUGGACUCAGGCCAGGAUCCCAGGGGCAAGUUUAACUUGGAAGCCAUAGAGUGGACAUACAGCACCUCCUUCAGUGGAUGCGCAGAGGAAAUUCAAAUGCCGAGGGCAGAACCCUACGAGGAGUAUGCGGGGAGCAAGACUGAAGUCACCCCAGUUUAUAUCACAGAGGUGCAGCAAUCCCAGCCUGCCCCGCAGGAAGGAGAGCGGACGAACCGAGGGGACAGAGGCGCACACUUCCUGUCCGUGCCAAGACCCCCACCCCAGGACUCUCCCCGGAGCGCCAAGGUGUCUUUUAUCUUUGGUGACCCGCCUUUGGAAGCCAUCAACCCCCAGAACCUGGGCUACCAAAGGCUAAUGGACGAAAGCCCAGAGAUUCUGGAUGACUUUAAGACCUUGGAUCCCGCGGUGGACGGGGAAGGUUUCCAGUACGACUCCCACCCUAUCUACAGCAACAUUGGCGAAACCAAGAUCUUUGGGAACACGGAGGGCAUCGAGGAGCCUUUGCUGCGCGACAUCUGCUACGCGGAAACCACGGACGACGCCGAAGACGAAGACGAAGGGAGCUGCGAAGAGGACGUCGCGGCGGUGGGCGAGGCCAAUCAGGCCAGCUUCCUCGCACUCUCCGGCUCCAGCGAUGACAUCAUCGACCUGACGUCCCUCCCGCCACCAGAGGGCGACAAUGACGAGGACAGCGACAUGCUCCUGCACUCGCUCAACAUGGCCAUCGCCGCCCCACCGCCGGGGUUCAGGGACAGCUCGGACGAGGAGGAGCUGCAGGCGAGGGCCACGGGCUCUCGAGACGAUAUCCCCGUGUCUCUGAUCGACGCUGUCCCCACACAGGGGGAGAGCAGCGCCGAUAGGUCCUUGGACCGUGCGGUGGUCUCCACCCUGCAGGCUCUGGAGGCCCUGGCUGCAGCCGAGGAGCAGCCCCACCCGCAGUCGGACAGUAGUUCAGGUGUAGCAAUAUCUCGGGCUUCUAGCCCUGAGUCAUCUUCAGAUUCUGGGAAUGAGACAAACUCCUCAGAAAUGACAGAGAACUCGGAGCUUGCUGCAGCCCAGAAACUCUCCGAAAAUUCCAUGCGGUUGUUUGUAGCUACCACUGAGGGCUAUCAGCCACUCCUGGAGGAGAAAACCGAGUUUCCUGUUUCUCCCUGCGAGGGUGAACCCACCCCAAAGGUGACUCGUGAUCCCCCAGGCCACCAGGAGGCAGCAGAGCCACACUCCUCCUCAGCCAUGCCUUCCAAACAGAUCCUCCAUUCGGACGACAUCGAGAUGGAGCCAGACACCAUGGAGACCAAGUCUGUGACCGACUACUUCAGCAAAUUUCAGAUGGGCUCGCUGCUGGGCAUCGGCAGGCGGCAGGCCAGGACCCCCGAACCCAGGGGCGAGGAGCACCACAUGACGGGAAAAUACAACACCUUCAGCUCCAGAGACGCCCAUCAUGCCCACUUCGACCUGGAGCGCACAACGUUCCGCGAGAAGGCCCAAAGGUGGCAGCGGGACCCUCAGGCCCCGGGGCCUUCCAACGGUCACGGUGUCCCGCCUGCCAGGGCGGAGCCGGCCCAGGAACCGGACGGCGAUACCGCGUCUGGGGGCGCGAAGGAAGGAGCUGUCGCACGGGAGGCACCCGUGUCCGAUCAGGCGGUGGCUCGGUUAUGCGAGUACCACCUAGCCAAGCGCAUCUCCACCCUGCAGGGAGAGGGGCACGGCUCCCUGCAGAGCUCCCAGUGCUCCUCCCUGGAUGCCGCCUGCAGUACCCCCAGCAGCACACCCCUGGACUCUCCCCUCUGCGUCACCGACGGCACCCCCAGCCAAAGCCCCCACGGCAAGGACCUCCACCCCAACGCGGACCCCGCCAUCCUCCACAGGAUGCUGCCUAAUGUGCACGGUGCUGCUAGCCCUGAGCCCACCGUUGCUGCUGGCCGAGAGACCGGGCCCCGCAUCCCUAAGAUUAAGGAGACUACAGGUACAGCUAAAAGGAGUAAUCUCUUAACCGAGCGGUAUGUGACACAAGCAUGCAGUAAGAAUAACUCGAAGGAGGGCAGUGAGGCUUACAGGCAGUUGAUAAACUAUUUGACCAUAAGUCAAAUGCAACAGGGUGGGAAACUCCAGCAUUGCGGCCAAGGAGGCAGCUGGAGAAACAAUGACAAGAAAGUCAAUAAGAAGCAUGCCAGUUUGAACCCGCUCCUAGUAGACUUGGUUAGAACUAAAUAUAACACAGUGGCGAGGUACCCCUGCAUGCCGUCCUGUGUGUCACCCCUCGAGACCCCACCCGUUGGCCUGAGAGUCAGUAAAAAUGCCAGAUUAUGCCACUCUGCCACCCUGCCACUUAAGUCCAAGAGGAGUCCUGAUUUGCAUGCUCAGAGACCCGUAAACAGUGUUGACGUAAAUGACAGUAAUGAGAGGAGAAACUCUCUUUCCAGCCUCGAAAGCCAGCUGGGGCCGGGCACUGACCCGGAGCGCUUUCCGUCUCCGUCUUCAUGCGAGCGGAACGCGCCCCCUGGCGAGGCACGCGCCGAUCGGCCCCCUGGCGAGGUGGACCGGCCAAAGGCCAACUGCCGAGUGCAGCAUGUUGUCAGGGAGACGCUUAACGAUUCUGUCUGUUUCUCUACUACCCCUAGUGUAGCUUGCGCAGAGCUGGAGAGGGCGCGAAGAGGAGACGUGCCUCCCGCCUUUUCUCUGCAGGUCAAAGCCAGCGCCGCGCCGCUCGCACCGCCGCCACACGCUAGCGCAGACUCCACCGUGCCAAAGCAGGAGUCUACAGGCCUCCCAAAACACAAGUACGUCCAGGCGCCCUCCCAGAGCUUGAACCACAGCGACCCCAGCGCUGGCAGCCUCCGACGGGCCAGGAGAGAUGGGACCUUGAGGCGGAGCACCAGCAGCGGCGCCACGUUGUCCAACAGCGUGGAAGUGCUGUUUGAAAAAAGCAAGGCCGCGCUGGCCGGCAAAUUUUCCCAGUCGCCCGAGCCCAAGCCACAGAAGAGGCCAGCUGGGAAGAGGCUGGCCAAGAGCUACUCCCAGGGCUCGGUCAGCUCGCUCACCACCUGCUGGUCGGUGAGCGGUGGGGAUGGGAGGAGGGCCUCUGUCAUGCUCCCGGUGCCUAAGGAUGGCAAGCAGCUCAGAGCGCUGCCCAAAGUGGACUCCAGCGCCUGGAGGUGCCACGGGCCCUUCAGCUACUGCUUCCUGAAGAAGAAGAGCACGGUGGAUGAGGAUGAGGAGGACGGAGAAACGCGGCGUUGUGCCUCGGAGUCCCGCCCCCAGCCCCGCGACAGGCCCCGGGAAGAGCCCGAGAGCCCCACCUCCCCCAACGCCGAACCCGCCGGUCGCACCAACCUCAACACCAUGAGCUUCGGGGCCAGGCUGGCCCGCAUCGAGGCCCUGAGGGACAGGGCGUACUCCUUCCCCACCGGCUUCUCGGCCGCGCAGCGGGACGCCAGCGAGCUCAUCGCCCUCGUGCGCUCCAGCCUGGGGAUGAGCGAGGCGCCGGCCGAGGACGGCGAGGACGCCGAAACGCGGUACAAGCAGCUCCUCUCGGCGGAGUCCAAAGAACUGGGUGCAGCCUGCAGGAAGAUGGCGCUGGCGCAUCAGAGCUGCGAGGAGAUGCUGCUGGCGCUCACCUGCAGCUUCCAGGUGCUGUGCUGCCUGAUCGAGGCCUGCAUGCGCCUGGUGCGCUGCAUGGGCGCCGAGAGCCAGCAGCGGGAGGUCGUGGCCAAGGUAGACGAGGUGGUCAUGAACUACAUGUGCCUGCUGAAGGCCGCCGAGGCUGCCCUGGGCGGCGCCCCCAACGACCUCAGUGUCAAAGCCCUGGCACGGCACUCCACCAGCAUGUCCGCUAUCGUAAACGCGCUGACGCGCUCGCUCAAAACGCUCCUCAACAAGUAAACGCUGUCCUCUCUCCACAAAGCAAAGCCAUACAGUA